AUGGGCCGGCGGUCGAAACUUCGGUUUGAUCCCUGCGCCGCCAUGACAGGAAAAGGCGAUCUCCACCUCAUCCAGAAAGCUGCACUUGCGCUUGCGCAAGAGAUGAAGGCUUUUGCCAGCGAGCGCUCCGAACUUGCAGAUUGGACACAUGAGUACCUCCAGCGGAGCCCGAGUAUGCCCCUGCAAGCGGAUGCCCUUGGGAACGGCUUUUGCUGCUUAGAUCGCGAACUUCAAUGCCCAAAGCAACCCUGUGGAUCCAAGGUGAGAUGGCGCCUUCUCCUCAUGAAAGGCAAGGGCCGAGGAAAACCAGCCGGUAACAAGGGCGGCCUCGACGUUGUGCCUGGUGGCGACAGAGAUCAGUGA